UUGUUGGUCUGCUGUCACCUGUGACCUGCCGCGUUUACCUCGAGCUCGGUGGCGUGGUCGCGUGGUUAUGGCGACACGUGCGUGCGCCAAGAGCGGCAGCAGCAGCAGCAGUAGCUGCAGCGGGAGCGACGCAGUACCGUCGGAUGAGGAGCGCGAGCACCUGCCAGCGAAGAGGCGUAAGGUGCUGCCUUACGCCUGCGACCCGUCCGCGACGUCGGACAGUAAUGAAACUUCAACGGAGCCAGCAGCGGAGUCCUCGCCAGACGCUCUGCCGCGAAGUGACAGGCGGCGGCUACUCAACACACGCUGGUGCUGCUGCGAAUCCCGGUGUGGCACCAUGUCCACACCAGUGGAAAGUGUGUGCUGCAAGGAGCAGUGCAAGGUCAAAGAGAAGGCUGGGAGCCUUCCCUGCAUCACGGCACACAGGCUCUUCGAGCUGUACUGCCUGGACAGGGAUAUCCUGGACCUAGAGUACAGGAAGCUGAGAGUCUGCCGGCCUCUCAGCACAAGAAACAUAAAGGAGAUAAAUGCUAAGUACAGGUACACGGCAUACUGCCAAUUUGUUUGGUGGAUACACGGAAGGCUCGGAAAGGAGAACCGGGUCACCUUGCCCAGCUGCGUGGUGACCAGGGUCCGCAAAGAGUUCCCCGCCCCGAACCCUGCAGACUACACGGGCUUCAAGCAGUCAAAGUGCUGAGUCUCCGUGCUGGCACCUUGGAUACAGGGGGUCGGCAUGUUCGUGCAAGUCAGCCACGUGUCCCACCAGGGAAGUCCACUUAGGAAGGAUCUCCUCUGGCGCUCCAUCGCUGGAUUCCGCACACCAAUAGAGGUGCUUGACAGUUGCCUGCACCCAGUCUUGGAGUCCCACAAGGGAUUUGAGUUUCCCAGCUGAGACCAUGCGUUUCUUGAUGCCUGAAAAAUGAAGCAUUGUAUUCAUUCUGCUAAGCACCAAGCUUACAUUGCCAGAAACAACAGCUUGACAAAAUAAAGAGUUCAUAAUUAUGAACACCAAAAACAA